GCGGAGCGCCGUCCAAUGGGCGGCGCGAGGGGCGGUGCGGGGGCGUGUCCCGGUGUGUUUGGGUUCGUGCUCCUCGGGGGAGGGAGAGACGGCGGCGAGGAAAGUUUGGUGUGUUUUUUUUUUUUUUUUUUUUCUCCCCCGGUGGCGUUUUUUCGGCGGUGCCGUUGGGGAGGGGGCAUUUUCCGCAGCUCCUUCGCCUUUUGCUUCCUGGGGUUCGUGUUUCCCGGGCGGGCGGAGCCUCCCCCGGCACCGAGAAGAAGGGGGCUCAGCGCACCGUGGCGGCGCCUCGGCGGUUUUCGUUUUUGCACUGAAUGUAGCCAGGACGGAUCCUUGUGGGCUUUGGCAGCCCUUGGAAACUGUCAAAGGCAGUAUUUUGCAUUUCUGCAGAGCUUUGCACAGAUCCUGUUCCCAUGCAAACUGAUGAGGGAGAAAUACUGGAGGAAGGCAGUCCCAAGAGAGAAGGAGCAAGAAAGGGAAGAACAGUUAAUGGAAGACAAGAAAAGGAAGAAAGAGGAUAAGAAAAAGAAGGACUCUGCUCAGAAGGUCACAGAUCAAAAAACCAAAGUGCCCGAAGUGACGAAACCAAGUUUAAGCCAACCAGUGGCUGCCAGCCCAAUUGGCAACUCUCCAUCGCCACCAGUCAAUGGUGGCAACAAUGCCAAAAGGGUGGCAGUGCCGAACGGACAACCGCCAAGCGCCACCCGCUACAUGCCUCGGGAGGUGCCGCCGCGAUUCCGUUGCCAGCAGGACCACAAAGUGUUACUGAAACGUGGGCAGCCCCCUCCGCCAUCCUGUAUGCUCCUUGGGGGUGGAGCAGGGCCUCCGCCCCCAACAGCACCAGGAGCAAACCCAAACAACGCACAACCAGUGACAGGAGCACUGCUGCAGAGCGACAGUGGGACUGCAACAGAUUCAGCAAUUGGAGGUGCUGCUGCUUCAAAUUAUGCAAAUUCCACUUGGGGUCCUGGAGCCUCCUCCAACAGCGGCACCAACGCCAACCCAACUCACAUCUGGGACAAGGUGAUUGUAGACGGGUCUGACAUGGAAGAGUGGCCUUGUAUUGCCAGCAAAGAUGCUGAGUCUUCUUCCGAAAACACCACCGAUAACAACAGUGCCUCGAACCCUGGCUUGGAGAAGAACACUCUGCCAGGAAGCACCACUAAUAACAAAGGAAAAGGAAGCCAGUGCCAGUCUGGAAGCGCUGGAAACGAAUGUAAUCUUGGGGCCUGGAAAUCUGAUCCCAAGGCUAAAUCUGUUCAAUCUUCCAACCCUGCUGCCGAGAGUAACAACGGACUAGGUAAUUGGAGGAACUUGAGUGGACAAGAUAGAAUCAGUCCCAGUUCUGGCUUCAGCAACUUUAACCCAAAUAGCAACCCAUCUGCUUGGCCGGCACUGGUUCAAGAGGGCAAUUCUAGGAAAGGAACUCUGGAAUCUGAUAGUGGUAGCUCCAAUGCACAGAUUAGCACAGUAGGUCAGACCUCUAGGGAACAGCAGUCAAAGAUGGAAAAUGCGGGUGUUAACUUUGUCUCUGGCAGAGAACAGGCUCAAAUUCAUAACACUGAUGGACCAAAAAAUGGAAACACUAACUCCUUGAACUUAAGUUCACCAAACCCUAUGGAGAAUAAGGGAAUGCCCUUUGAAAUGGGCUUGGGGAACCCUUCCAGGAGCACUGACACCCCUUCACAAAGCACUGGAGAGAGAAAGACUGGGAGUGUUGGAUCUUGGGGUACAGCUAGGGCGUCUUCUGGAACUGACACAGUCUCUGGGCAGAGCAAUUCUGGGAACCACGGGAACAAUGGAAAGGAUAGAGAGGACUCCUGGAAAGGAUCUUCUGUUCAAAAACCUAAUGGGUCAAGAAGUGAUUGUUGGGAUAACAAUAACCGGUCUACGGGUGGUGGGUCUUGGAACUUUGGCCCUCAGCAUGCAAAUGAAAGCAAGUGGGGUGAAGGGAACAAAUUAACAUCUGGGGUCUCUCAGGGAGAAUGGAAACAGCUGUCUGGGUCUGAUGAACUGAAGAUUGGAGAGUGGAGUGGUCCAAACCAACCAAAUUCUAGCACUGGAGCAUGGGACAAUCAAAAAGGCCACCCUCUUCCUGAAAACCAAGGCAAUUCCCAGGCUCCCUGUUGGGGAAGAUCUUCCAGCUCUGCAGGAAGUGAGGUUGGAGGUCAAAGCACUGGAAGCAACCACAAAGCAGGAAGUAGUGACAGUCACAAUUCUGGACGCCGAUCAUAUAGGCCUACGCAUCCUGAUUGCCAGGCAGUCCUGCAGACUUUGCUGAGCAGGACUGAUUUGGACCCCCGAGUGCUUUCAAACACUGGCUGGGGCCAGACUCAAAUUAAACAAGAUACAGUGUGGGAUAUUGAAGAGAUGCCACGGCCCGAGGGGAAGUCUGAUAAAGGAACUGAGGGGUGGGAGAGCUCUGCCACACAGACAAAGAACUCAGGGGGCUGGGGCGAUGUUCCCAGCCAAAGCAAUCAAAACAAGUCUGGAUGGGGUGAGCUCUCAACCCCAACAGAGUGGAAGGACCCCAAAAAUACUGGAGGAUGGAAUGACUAUAAGAACUCCAAUUCUUCUAAUUGGGGAGGAGGAAGGCAAGAAGAAAAAUCGUCUUCCUCUUGGAAUGAUAGCUCUAGUAAGGAUCAGGGGUGGGGUGGACGGCAACCUAAUCAAGGAUGGUCUUCUGGAAAGAACGGUUGGGGAGAGGAAGCUGACCAAACAAAAAACAGCAACUGGGAAAGUGCAGGAAACAAGCCAGUGUCUGGGUGGGGUGAAGGUGGGCAAAAUGAGAUUGGAACUUGGGGUAAUGGUGCAAAUACAAGCGCUGCUUCAAAGGGUGGAUGGGAUGAUUGUAAAAGAACUUCAACGUGGAAUGAGACGGGUCGACAGCCCAACUCCUGGAACAAGCAGCAGCAACAGCACCAGCAGCAACAGCAGGAGUCUUCUGGUUCCUGGGGUCCACCGCCCCAAACUCCAAGUAAUGGGCGAUCUCCAAACCCGAACUGGAACAGCGGACCACAGCCAGCUGCCCCCAAAGAGGAGGAGCCUAGUGGCUGGGAAGAACCUUCUCCACAGUCAAUCAGUCGAAAAAUGGAUAUCGAUGAUGGCACUUCAGCAUGGGGAGAUCCUAGCAGUUAUAACUACAAGAAUGUGAAUCUAUGGGACAAGAACUCACAAGGAGGACAGGCCCCACGGGAGCAGAGCCUGCCUACUCCAAUGACUAGCAAAUCACAAGCAUCAGUCUGGAGCAAAAGCACUCAACCUGCUCCAGAUAAUGGUACGUCUGCCUGGGGUGAGCCAAAUGAAACCAGUCCCGGGUGGGGUGAAGUAGAUGAUACAGGAGCAUCGACAACAGGCUGGGGGAAUGCACCUUCCAACGCCCCGAAUGCCAUGAAAUCUAGUUCUAAAUCUAUGCAAGAUGGCUGGGGAGAGAGCGAUGGGCCAGUGACAGGAACACGUCAUUCCAGCUGGGAAGAGGAGGAGGAGGGAGGAGUCUGGAACACAGCAGGCUCUCAGGGAAGCAGUUCCUCCCACAACUCAACAAGCUGGGGGCAAGGAGGAAAGAAAACACAAAUGAAGUGCUCAUUAAAAGGAGGAAAUAGUGAUUCAUGGAUGAACCCUUUAUCCAAACAGUUUUCAAAUAUGGGCUUGCUGAGUCAAACUGACGACAUUCCAGGCAGUAAGAUGGACUUGUCUGUAGGUGGUCUCCCAGAUAAGAAGUUUGAGGUAGAUAAACGAACCAUGAAUCUCGGGGAUUUUAAUGAGAUGAUGAGAAAGGAUCGAUCUGGGUUCCGUCCACCUAAUUCCAAAGACAUGGGAACCACAGAUAGUGGGCCUUAUUUUGAGAAGGGUGGCAAUCAUGGUUUGUUUGGAAACAGCACAGCACAAUCGAGGGGCAUGCACACACCUGUGCAGCCACUAAAUCCUUCCCCCAAUAUCCGGGCGCAAGUGCCUCCCCAAUUCCUUUCUCCCCAGGUUUCAGCCUCCAUGCUCAAACAGUUUCCCAACAGUGGCUUGAAUCCUGGUCUUUUCAAUAUGGGCCCCCAGCUUUCUCCACAACAGAUUGCCAUGCUGAGCCAGCUUCCACAGAUUCCCCAGUUUCAAUUAGCAUGUCAGCUCCUCCUUCAGCAGCAGCAGCAGCAACAGCUGUUACAGAGCCAGAGAAAGUUAUCUCAAGCUGUGCGACAACAGCAGGAGCAACAGCUUGCUCGUAUGGUGAGUGCCCUCCAGCAGCAGCAGCAGCAGAGGCAGCCUGGCAUGAAGCAUUCACCAUCCCACCCUGUUGGGCCUAAGCCACAUUUAGACAGCAUGGUACCCAAUCCUUUGAAUGUGGGUCUCUCAGAUUUACAGACCAAAGGGCAAAUACCUGGAUACGGUUCAGGCUUUGGCUCAAGUGGCAUGGAUUAUGGCAUGGUGGGAGGGAAAGAGGCUGGAACAGAAUCGCGCUUUAAGCAGUGGACUAUGAUGGAAGGGCUGCCCUCUGUGGCUUCACAAGAUGCCAAUAUGCACAAAAAUGGUGCAAUAGUGCCCCCUGGAAAGGCUCGCGGAGGAUCGCCCUACAACCAGUUUGACAUAAUUCAGGGUGACCCACUCGGCAGCCAUGCAGGCCCUGCUGGUGAUAGUUGGUUACCUGCCAAAUCUCCACCAACAAACAAGAUCGGAAGUAAAUCCAGCAAUGCCAGCUGGCCUCCAGAAAUUCUGCCGUUCAAGAAAGCAGUAUUGUUCAGCCCAAAGAUAAAUGAAGUGGUGCCCAAUCAAACUGAUAUCACAGCUGGAGAGUUCCAACCGGGAGUGCCAUGGAAAGGUAUACAAAACAUUGACCCUGAAUCUGACCCCUAUGUGACCCCUGGAAGUGUGCUGGGGGGGACAGCCACAUCUCCCAUUGUAGAUACUGACCACCAACUUCUGCGGGACAACACCACAGGGUCUAAUUCUUCCCUCAACACCUCGCUGCCUUCACCUGGUGCCUGGCCCUACAGUGCCUCUGACAAUUCCUUCACCAACGUUCAUAGCACUUCAGCAAAAUUCAGUGAUUACAAAUCAACGUGGUCCCCAGAUCCCAUAGGACACAAUCCCACUCAUCUCUCCAACAAGAUGUGGAAAAACCAUAUUUCCUCAAGGAACACUACAGGGCUGCCCCGCCCACCUCCUGGCCUGACCAACCCCAAACCAUCAUCUCCAUGGAACAGCACAGCACCCCGAUCGGUCAGGGGCUGGGGGGCACAGGACUCAAGGCUUGGCUCUGCAUCUACUUGGAGUGAUGGUGGCUCAGUUCGUCCUAGCUACUGGCUGGUUCUUCACAAUCUCACUCCACAGAUUGAUGGGUCAACCUUGAGGACGAUCUGCAUGCAGCAUGGCCCACUGCUGACAUUCCAUCUGAACCUGACCCAGGGCACCGCCCUUAUCCGAUAUAACACCAAACAGGAGGCGGCCAAGGCCCAGACUGCACUGCACAUGUGUGUGUUGGGAAACACUACCAUCCUGGCUGAGUUUGCCACCGAUGAAGAGGUUAGUCGCUUUCUGGCACAAGCUCAGCCCCCUACACCUGCAGCAACCCCGAGUGCACCCGCAGCAGGCUGGCAAUCCCUGGAGACAGGACAGAACCAGACAGAUCCAGUUGGACCUGCUUUGAAUCUCUUUGGUGGGUCAACAGGGCUUGGGCAGUGGAGCAGUGGUGGCGGCGGUGGCAGCAGUGGGGGUGAUCUCACUGGCGCUUCAUUGUGGGGGCCCCCAAACUAUUCUUCAAGCUUGUGGGGAGUCCCAAGCGUAGAGGAUCCACACAGAAUGGGCAGCCCUGCUCCCUUACUACCUGGAGACCUUCUGGGAGGAGGGUCGGAUUCAAUCUGAACUUAGAACUUUCAACUCUGACCUCGUGACCUUUUUUGGAACAGCAGCAGCACUAACUUGACCUUUUUGUUUUUUUCAACUUGCAAUAAAUACAUUUAUAAAAGGAAAAAAGAAAAUGGAGAAAGAAAAAAAGGUGGGUCAUUGACAGACUGUCUGAGCACAUAGUUGCCUCCCUUAUAUAACUUCAGUUUUUUCGUUUGGAAUAUGAAUCCAAAAAAGAGAACAUAUCACUCUUGAAAUACUUGAAUCGUGAACGCCAACGUAGAAAGACAAUGUGAAGCAAGUACACAUACCAUUUAAAUUUAAACAGAAAAAAUUAAAAAAAUUAGUUUCUAGUUUUUCACUUUUUCAUGUUAUACGGAAGUUGUUGCUAAGAAACAUAUAUACUGAAAAAAUAGCUUUUUAACUUUGUUUGCACUGGGUGUGUUUCCGUCCUUAGGUCUACCAUGUUGGGUUGGGGUAGGGGAGGGGUUCAAGAGAGAAAUGGGGGGGAGGGAAAGACUUGACGGAGCCUCACUUUAAAAACAAAAAAAACUAAAAAAAAAACCUAAAAAAAAAAUUAAAAAUUUUAAAACCCACAAAAAAAAACAAAACAAAAAAACAAACAAACAAAACAAAAAAACCAACACUUUGUGAUUGGCUGGUUCAUAAGUACCAGUGUGUUCUGGCACAUGUAACUGCCCACGUGUGCUUGUUUCUGUGUGAGUGCGUGUGCACAUGUUUGUGUGUGUGCAUUUUUUUCUCUCUAUAUAUAAUCUUGAAACGCUGCAUUGCUGAUGGUCUACGGGCUGGCUGGCCAUCUGCAUGUCUUGAUUCUGAAAACAAGACAGGCAUGGUGGAGUCCCUGUGGCUGAAGCAGAAUCCAGUUGGGCUGGAUUAAAAUUUGUUGGUAGGUUUUUUUAAAUUCAUUUUAGCAGGGUGCUAUCUCAAGUCUGCAGAUCAUACGGAGUGGAUAGUUGCUUCCUAGCCCUUGUUCUAACCCUGUGGUAGAGCAGAACACUGCCAUAUCCAAAGGAUUUGGUGAGAGGGGAGACAAUGUUGUCUUUUGAGUAGCAGUGUCUUUAUUUAUGUCUGCAUGUGGGGGUUUUGUACUGAAUGAACCCUAGAAUGUUUGUUAUAUAAUGCAAGCCAUUUAUUUCUUCCAGUAAGGGGAAAAGAGGAGGAAAGAAGACAUUGCCAUUUUUUGUGCAGCUAAGACAAAUGUUCUUAUUCAGUCUCUUGCAGGCUUCAGUACCUUUAAAAACAAUGAGUGUUUCUCUUUUCUCCCCCAAACCUGAAUAAGCACCCAUAUUCAUUUUAGAGGAAUCUAUCAAAAUGCUUGAAAGUCCAGCCCAACCAAAUUAGCCUUUCAAUUGAUUUACUGCUUGUAUUAAAACUGACAGAAAACUAAAUCGUGUCAGCAGACUGCUGGCCGGCCUGCCUCAUCUCCUGAAAGCACAUGCAGCUGACUCCUUCCUGCGUCCUUCAUGGUGAGCGUUACCUGUGCCAGGCCUCGGUGUCAUUACAGCGCCAGACCAUCACUGACAGAAACGUUUACUUACGAAUGUUCUUAAACCAGUGUGUACUUCAAAGGUUUCCUUUUGUUUCUCUGUGUUGUGUUUUUUCCUGUGUAUGUGGUUUUGCUUAGGGAGGUAUAUAACUAGCAAAGACUUUUUUUUUAAAAAAGUAUUGCACCUUUUUGUUUUUUUGUUUUUACUUUUUCUGUACUGUUGCUUUUUAAUUUCUGUAUUUAAGGAAAGGUUUGGGGUUUUUUAGCAUCAGUGUAGUAGUACUCUGGGCAGGAUAGGGGUGACCUAUAAUCCACAGUGAUAGCCAGUGUGUGCGUGCGUGUGUGCUCUGGGAACAAAACUUUUUAAGACCUGUUGUUGUGAAAAGAGUUGUAGCAGACUUGAAGGCACAUCCCUUGACAUGAAGCAGAAAGUCUUUUAUGGGGGUGGGGCCAGGAGAAGAGGGAAGAGAGAUGCCGGUACUUUUUCCAUAAGUGCUAGGACUCCAUGUGGCAUUGUCUGGCCGUUAUACUGUCUAACAAAGUGCCGACAUUCUGUACCAGCAUAUACCUGUCCAUUCCAGCCCUCAGAGGUAGCAGUGCUCGACCUUUAUUACCUGGUGGAGCAGGGAGGAUAGGGGAGUCUGUUUCUUAAGCGUUUUCAUUGAAGGAUAUAACCGUGUCUGAUACAUUUAACUCUACAUGUGGGUUUGGUGGGGAGAAGGCAAAGCAGAUGCAAGUAAUGGGAUGGGGGUGGGGUGGGGGUGUGCGUGUGUGUGUGCCUGUGUGCUGGGGGUGGGAGGGAAGGGCUAGGGAAUUACGUGGCUGUUUUAAUUCGCCCUUUCUAUGUAAACCCAAUGUCACAAGGAAGACUGACUGAGGGAAAUGCUGCAUAUACACAUGCCUGUAGAUUUGUAUGCAAAGUGUUACAUGGUAAAAAAGGUAGGUUUGUAUUUGUUUAGUAAACUGGAGUGUGCAGCAUACUCUGGCCCCUUUAAAAUAUACUUUCCUAUCAUGUCUCCUCCUUCAUCUAUCGCACCAUGCACAAAGAAAUGAAGUGCUCUCUUUCAACUCCUGCUAUCUAGCUAGUGGCCCCUGCGUGCAGACAUCCAUAAAGUUUUGUUUCUAGUCUCUGUUCGAAGACCAGCCACGCUCGGACACACAGACCAGGUUCUUAAAAGUCCUGUGCCAGCAGUACUUCCUAGUGAAGCACCUUUGGCCUGAGCAAGCCAGUAUCUGUUCUGUCACAUGAUUUUGCUAUACAUGCUGGUUCAUUGCUGUGUUCCACCCUCACUUCUCUCUCCCAACCUGCCCUAAGGUCCCUUUUCCUGCACUUUGGGCUAGUUGAGUUCAUUGCGAUACUACGGUGAAAGCCGGGUGCUAGAGCCCCUCUUGUUUACAAGACAUAAUGAGGGAUUUGAAAUAUUUAAAAAGAGAAGCUAAAUUGUUCUUCCAUUGUAAGCUUAAAGGGAAAAAAAUUAAAACGUACAAAAAAAAAAAAAAAAAGACCAAAAAGUGCAUAUAUAUAUUUUAGAUGAAGACUAACUCUGGGAGCAUUUAACAGUGUUUUUGUUUUUAUUUUAACAUUUUAUUUUCCUGCUUUAAAUUUGCAAGCAUUCUCAGGAAUUCUAGGGUAGGAAGCCAGUUUUUUGAAGAUGGUUUAUUUAACCUUAUCCUAGAUAGAUGGCUGUUUCUUGUUGAUAAACUUUUACAAGUUCCUGAAUCUUCAAAAUGUUUGAAAGUUUUUACUUUAAAAGAAAAAUGCUAAAAAAAAAAUAAAAAGAAAAAAAAAGAAAAAGAAAAAAUCUCCAAAUGUUACUGUCAAGCGAGGGAUCAAGAAUUUUAAAGACUUUCUAAAUUAAAGUACAUUAAGAAAACUUCUCAAUAUCAGCAACAGGAAUUCAUUGCAAUCUUAAACAAGUUGUGGGAGAAGAAGGGUUAUCAUUAUAGUGCUUUAUUACUCAUGCAGACGUGUGCAGUUGCAUGGAGAAGUGUGUGAAUGGAAAUCUAUUGUUCCCUCUUGAUUGAAACUAAAUGAAAAUACUCUUUAAGCACCUUUUUUAAAAGCAAAGUGAAACUAUAAACCUUAUUAAAAUGCAGUAUAGUUUAACUGAAAGGGUCCUCAGUUAGGAGGACCAGCAGGAAAUACAUGAUGGUGCUUCUUUGAACCACUUCUAAGUAGUGCUAAAGAAAACCAGUGCUGAUAGAAUACUGAGUAAUGAAGUAGGUUUAUUAUCCUGCCUUUUUCAGUACAGAAAAAAAAAUAUGAAAAACUCCAGUACAAUGUACAUUGGAAAUCAACUUUGCUGUUUUCAGCUAUUUGGUCAGUUUUAUUCCACACUUGGAGAUCUGCUGCUUGCUUUUCUUCACCCACCCCUCCUCCCAGUCUUUGUUUUAUUUUAUAUGAGGGAAAUACCUGUUAAACUCCUCUGUUCACCCUGUUGCUGCUGGCUGUCAGGGCUUACAGUCUUGAACUUCAGAGUUCAGCGUUGGGAUGGCCAACUUCUGUUUCCCAGCUCUAAGGGUCAGGGGCUGAAACGGCCAGGCUCAAACCACAGAAACCGCGCUAGUGCCUUUUUACAUGCACCCACAUGCCCUACAGUAGGGGAAGGGAGGGAAGAUGAGGCAAAGUGAGGCAGUAUAGCCACUUCAUGGAAAUAGAUGUACCCCUUCUUAAGGAAGAAAAACAUGCUGCAUAAGCAUGUUGUGCAAUGAGUUACUUAGUAGUAAUUUUAUUAUUAAAGAAAUCAGAUGCCAAAUUCUUUUUCAUAGCAGUUGCCCAGUGUUUUCAUGUUGUGCUGCGUGUGCAUGUGAGUCUAUUGAAAAUAAUGCAUCAGUAGUAAUAAUAAUGUGCUUUAAAAUCCUGUCAUGGGCCAGUAGAAGGAGGGUUUACUUAGGAACUUUGGGAUUUUAUUUUUUUGUUUGUUUUACGGAGAGAAUUUGAGUGCUUUGCCAGAGCUGUGUUUUAUCAAAUCAGCAGUGUCCUAAAACAGAAGAAACCAUAAAAUUUAAUAAAACAAAAAGCCAACAGACUUGACAUUGACUUUGAAGUGGGUUGUGACUGAGUGCUGAAGGGUUGACAGUCUGGAGUUUCAGCAGUCUGCUGGGUCCAAACCUAUUGUAGUACAACAGUCUGCUCCUCCUUUCCUAAAUGUGCAGUCCUGUAAGCGUUAGUGACUGUCUCCUCAGUGACAGUUUCCCUAAAUUGUUAAAGUAACAUUAAUCUUGCUGUUUUCCAGCUAUAGUUGACAGAUUUGUAUGGCUUAGUCAUGGCACUCCUAACCAUGCUAUUACAAGUGCUGUCUGAGCAUUCUGCUAACCAAACUUGUCUGCUGGGGACAACCAUUGCUUAAUGUUGUAAAAAUUCUGCUACCAUUUGAGCUCAUAACAGCAAAAAGUCAGCAGGAAUUGAUGGUAGGGUACUUUUGGGUUUUACAAAACUGUUCCAGGGAGGGAAUCAGUGGCAGUGUCUUGUUUAAACGUAUUGGGGAGGUAGGGGAAAGAGGCUGGGGAAAGCACAGCUUGGAAUAGACUACGGGCAUCUCCUUCCAGAUAAAAAUCCAGCCACUUUGCUUACCCUACCCUUCAGUGUCUAUCAAGCUGAGAGUUUUUUAUUGUUUGAUAAUUUUUUACUCCAUUUGAGGAUUUCAUUUUAGCAGUGACAACUUAAGUCUAGCGAGGGGGAGAAAAAAAAAAAGGGGUACAGCUCAGAAACCUGUGUUGAGACCUCUGACAUUUACUUUGGAAGAAUUACCAUCUUUUCCCAGUGUUUUUAUGUUUCUGCCUGGACACGUGCCCAGCAGUCGUGAGAGUGGGUUUUUUGUUGGUUUGGGGUUUUUUUACAAUCACAGGGUGUCAGGUUUUUCUUACAAAUUUUUUCAUUGUGCUUCACAUUAAGUGGCUUGUGUAAUGAACAAGAAUGUUAAGCCAAGUAUGUUUUUACCUCUACAAUAUAAACAGGAUAUUUUCAACAAACUGGGUGGUAUAAGCACCUCAAAGAUUAAAUAACAAUUAAACAUUUAUAUUAAGUUGGUCUCUUUUUUUUUUUUUCCCCACCAUGAAAUUUCUAAGCAUUUAUUCCUUAAAACUUUUGUUGUAUAUUUUCUCCUAAAAAUGUUGCCACAUAUUCCAAUUUGUCUAAAUACAUAUCCAAAUAGUACUGCAGGGGUUUUUCUUGGUUUGGUUGUUUUUUUGGUUCAUUCUUUAUUAUGUUUAACUCUUAGGUUUCUGAUUCUGUUUGCGCAUACUGUUUUCCUGUUGACUUUAAGAGGAGCGCUGUUUGUGUAUCUGAGGUACCCGAAUUUGACCAAGUCUGGUCCAGGAAAUCAGGAGUGAUCCUCGUGUGAAUUAGUCCUACUGACCUUAAAUGCAUACUGCUCGAGUAAGGGCUCUUUGUAUAAAUAAACCUUAGCUGGAUCAGGGCCAAGGUAGCAGAUGAGGACCUGUUGUAUUUCCAGUGCAGCAAACAUCUGUGUUGCAUAUAUCACAUUCACUGUAAAUCACGUGACUUUAGUAUCCAGGUUUCUCAAGUGGUUCGAAAUGCAGGUUUUGUGGAGGAUGGUUAGCAUCUCAGGGUACGAGUCCUGAUUGAGUAAAAGAUAGUUUUUCUUUCUAAAGAUGUAAGGUUCCCUUAACAGAAGCAGCUUUCUUAAUUGUAAAUAUGCAUGCAUGCUUUGUGGGCAGGAAGGUAAUACCAAGAUAACUAUGUUGAAAUUAAUUCUGAAAAAAAACGACAAACAAAUGCCGUUAAAAUGCAACUUUGGCCCUGAAUGUGAAGCAACAUACACAGAAUCUGUUGGUUUGUCUGAAUUGAUUUUGCACAAAAUAUCAUUUCAGUUCUGUAGUUUAUUUGCCGCUAUUUUGCAGUUGUAGGAACUGAUACUGUUAGAUCGUAUCAGUCAUUCCCACUGCGAUCAAAAGACAGAUAUCUAAAACCCACACUGUUUCUUUCCCUUCACCUCCAGUACUAGGCUUCCACUUGUGGCAGAAGAAUGUUAACAGUAAUGGGAAGAGGUACGUGAAGUUUCCCAAUGUAGACAGAGCUGGUUUUCCCUGUUGUCCUGAAUUCACAUCCAAACCUAAAACACAGAGCAACAAUUAUGCUGUAGCUGAGCUGUUGGUUGGAUUAUACAACAGGAGCUGAACUGGAGACUUUUAGCAACCUUGCUAGUUCAUGUCCUUCACAAUGUUUUGCCUAAGUGUCCCAUCACUGUAAAUACCAGUGUUGCUGAAUUUUACCAAAGUUUCCCCUGCAGUAGAUAAUAGGAAGCAGGUCCAUUUUGUGAUGACUCACAAAGCAGAACUUUGCCUACUUCAAGGGUCUGUCUACGUUGCUGUUAAAACUGAGUCAGGGUCCUGUUUAAAAUAUAGCUCUCUCUUCUGUGGUGUUAGUGACUUUUAACUUUGUGAUGUAGUAACUAUAGCUUCUAAUGCUUAUAUGAAAAGUGAUUUAAGGUUUCAUCUGUGCUACAAAAAGCACCACAGCUCCUGGUGGUUUGGAGCCUAUUUUUAAAACUUAUCAGGCCACAAUAGAUGCCGUUUCAUCUGUGGCACGCAGCAUACAACAACCGUUUGCAUCCAUGGUUUGCUUGCGUGUUGCUUUUCAUCAAGCUAUGCAGGAAAGCUUUUCUCUAGAAGUCUCCCAGAGUCCUGUGCUAUAUAAGCAAGCUUCUAGCAAAUCAAGUGCCCUCUGCAAAAGAGCCAUUUUUGCCCUGUAUGUGUGACAGUUGAGACUGGUAACAUGCAGCAGUUUAGGGUUCCUGUUAACUUUGUAGCGAGAAAGGGAGUUUUUUGACUUGACUCUGACAACCUUUCUGUAAAUUAAUACAGAGCACUCCAGGGAAAAAGAAAAAGAAAAAAAAAGGGAAGAAUGCAUUGUGCCAGCCAGCGUUAAGUAUUGAAGUAUUUUUGCAGCAAACAUUCUUGACUGUGGUGGGCGGAGGGGAAGAGACUGGAGAAUUUUGCAUGAAUGCGCGAUACAAGGAGGCACUGCUUGGCAAGAAAUGCCUCUUCUUGGGUAUUGGUGUGUGUUGUUACAUUCGCAGAACUAACUUCCUCAUUUUUUUAAGUUUGGGGCUUUUUUUAAUUGAAAGUGGUAGCUCCUCCUGUUUCAGAUGAAACACAACCAACCAGAAGUGAACAUUUUCUUUAUCAUUUACUGUUGAGCAGGUUGCACAGCUUGUUAGAAUAGCUAUUUUAGUGGCAUGGUUAUUGAUAUUAUGUGCUUUCUUUCCCCUCCCUCUCCCUGCCAGAUAUGGCUUACCCUUUCUAUAUAAGGCGCUUGUGUGGGUUUUUUUGUUUUGUUUUGGGAACGUGUGGAGAAGAAGCAAAAUGAAGUGAAAAUGCAAGCCAAGGUAGAACAGCCUUACUUUAGGGGGUAGCCUUACAACAGAGCUUUAUAGUGAGUGUGCUGUAUUCCAAAAUAUGUAAGCCAAAAACAAAAAAAGCAUUCAUUUAUGCAAAAAAAAAAUUAAAAGAGGUGUUGGAAGACUUCUUUAUUAUGUACCUUCUAAAGGUGGAGUAAGGUCUCACCAAGUGAUACGUUAUUGUGAUACUUCUUGCUGGGUCAGUAGGAAUGGGUCAGGGUAUAAGCGCUUAACAUUUUCCUCCUGUGUUUUUACAAGCAGUAAGUUAAAUGUGGUAUUUAUGAAUGUGCCUUUGUGAGUAUAGUGACUGUCUAAUUGAGGAGACCACUUGGGCUGGAGGGGAGACAAUGGUCAAUUUAUUCUUUCAAGAGGUCAGACAUCGAGAUUGCAGCCCACUGGUCCCUUUUGACAAGCAUCAUCUUUGGGCUGGUCUCUACACUGCACAAUACGUAUUCAUAUGUGGUAGAGAUUGGGGUGGGGGGUGCAAAGGGAUGUCAUGUGAUGCACAGAAGCUGUUGAUAGUUUUAGGCUAGUCUGCCGUUGCAGGUUGAGUUUGUAUAUGUAUUAUGUGGCUUCUCUUUAUGUUUGUGUGCAUGAGUGUGAGUGUGUGUAGCUUUGUUUUUUUGUAAGCACUGGAGAAUUGAAACACAGUGAUGUUUGAGACAAAUUUAUACAUGUAGAGAAGAUGAUGUUUUGUAGCUUCUGUUUAAUAGUGGGUGCAGGCACACUUUUACCCUCUCUGCCCGAGUCCUGAUAAGCAAAACAGGAAAAGUUUUUUUUCAACCUUCAACUUCCAGCACACUUAAUGUUGCCAUUUAAAUGAACAGGGUAUUACACAAGAAGAAAAAAAAAGAGUUUUUGAAAUGGUGAGGUAGAAGUGUUUAAAAGGAAAAAAAUCUGAAGUAAUUUUUUGUUUCUUCAAAGCUGUUUGUAGCUAAACAUGGGAAUCUGCAGUGUCUCCUUCCAUUUGUUUUUUUUUUCUCUAAUAAUUCACCUCUUCGUCCCACCCAAAACACGAGGUGUGCAAGAUCAAGAGCUGUUGUUGUAGCCCUUCCUAAUUCCCACCCUGAAAAGAAACUCCAGUGGGAUCCCUCAGCUCUAUUCAGGAAGACAAAGAGAGGAGAGACUCUGCAGUUUUCUUUGCUUCGCUCUCAUUCCUCUCUAAUGGCCUUGAAAUGUAUUAUUAUGCAAAUGUGAAUUUUGAUACUGAACUUAAGAAGAGGUUGUUUGUUCUUUUUUCAAAAAAAAAAAAAAAGGUCCCAUAUGUGGUCAGCAUUGCUUCUUUAUUUUGUAAGUGAAUUGUAAACUAUGCAUUCUGCAAAGGGGGUGUAGGGGACAAAGAUACUUUGCUAAACUGUUCAGGAGUUUCUGUGUCCAUGGUAUAUCCAUUAUAGUUUGGGGAAGUGGGGAGGUGAUGACUUUGAAAUAAGAAGGAAUUUAUAAGAACCUCUCUUUGUCAGACAUUGGCCAAUAGGUAACUGAGCAGAGAUUUGAAAAACUAACGUUGAGUGCAAAACAAAAUCAGCUCUCAGCCUUGCACAGGGAUGUGAAUUCUUGCCACGCAGUGUUAACCCAGGGCCGAAAGGGUGAGUGGGACACCAGCUCUACCUGGGGAACUGUCUACCGCCUCCUGUGUUCUGGCCCUUGCUAAGCUCAGGAAACAUGGUGCCAUGGGCACUGUCUUUUUCCAAUUUACUGCUAGUUUUCCAUCGCAGCAGUCCUUGUGCUCUUCCAGGAGAAUUGGAACAUAGCUGGUCCUCGAUAUCUACACUUCCUUUUCCCUAAAGUUUUCUUUGCUGCUGUUUCUGGCACAGCUCAUACAGUGACGGCACAGCUGUGGACAAAAUGGUGGAGAUGGUACUUACUUCCUAGUGCUGAUCAAAGCCCUACUAUGAGGACUGCAUUUUUUCCAACAUCAGUAGCUACCAGUGCUUUGUUAUCUGAUGUUACUGCUACUGACUUAGCAUUAAUGUUGGCAGUGUGUGAAAUUCUAGGGAAGGUAGAUUGACAUGUAGACCAGGUCCUCUCUAUUUAAAAGAAGUUAUCCUAUUUUUACUAAGAGGUGAUGUCAUAAUGGUCAUUAAAAAAGGAUUUACCUCCUCAUAUCUCCAAAAUGCACUCAUUGUGGAUUAUGUAUGUUCCUUGAAGCUUGCUGAGUUUCCAGGAGCAGUCUCCUCAGAAAAAUGCAGAUCUCAUUGCCCUCUCUGUUAUUGUAAUAGGGACCUUUUGACUUGACUUUUUCUUUUGUCCAUGGUGAACCAUGGUACCUGCAUUAUCCUUGGCAUUAUCUUAGGUGUAAUAUCAUAAACAGAUUAUCCUGCCUGUAUUCAGUGUUUUCAUGCAGCAAUGUUAUUUUUGUUGACAUUCACAGUACUGUAAUAAGUAAUAGACUUGAUGAUCCCUCUCGCAUCUGUGCCUGCCUUGCAGAUGUGAUCUUAUCAGGGUUCCACUCUGUCAGCUUGCCUUUAAAAAAAAAAACAAAAGGAAAAAAAAAAUCUGAAGUUUAAAAUCACUCACUAAGAUACCUCGUGGUACACUUCCUUCUAAUGUAAACUUUUUAAUCUUUUCUUCUAUACUUGUUGGACUUUUAUUUCCAUCUGUUAUCUCCUUUCUAAAAAGAUGUUUGAACUUGUGGUUUAGAGCACAGGACUCAAAGCCUGGAACUCCUGAAUUCUAACAUUGGCCAUUACUCCUCCCUUGCCUUGGGCAAAUCAUUUAACUACUUUGCCUUUGUUUUUUCAUCUGUAAAGCGGGGUUGUUAAUAAUACUUACCUACCUCACAGGGGUUUUGUGAGGAUCAACUAGUAAUGUUUGUAAAAUGCUUUAAAGAAAAAAGCAUGAUAGAAGUAUUAUGAGGUUUUCACAGCAAGUUUUGCUCGUUCUUUUCACAUUGUUUGCUUGUGUGGAGGGAGAUAACCCUUUCUUCUCUUAAUUGUUAAAGCCAUCAAACACUCAGAUCCUAAAUUAUAGAAGUUGAUGGAGAUUCAGUUAUUCAAACUCCUCCUCCUUUAUGCCUAUUUCCUUCUACUGCUCUUUUUUAUAUAGUUGUGCCAGUGUUGCUACAGGUCACAUGUCUACAAGCUUCAAAACUGAAGUACUUUAAGCUUGCUGCUUCUUUCACCAGAUCACCAAAUCAGAAUAAGUUUGUGUACUUUUCCCUGCUAUUGAAUAGCAUUUUUGGUAAUGUCAUCUUUCAGAUAGACACAUCUUAUCCUGCCAUCAUGAAGGGGAGGUGGUGGGUGUAGUUUCAGAGAGGGGACUGUAAGAUGAAGAACCUUGCUCCUUUAUGCUGCUGCUCCAGGGACAAAGGGCAGAGUAGCUUUCUGUUUCCUUCCCUGAGUUAAUUUCAGUGUGUUACCAGUCACACUUCAAAUGCAGUGUCUCUUCUUGUCCACAAUAUACAGAAGCCAUCACCUGCCAAUAAAACGUAGGAACAGAGGGAAUGAUAGUAGAUGCUGCUUGUGUAUAUGCCUUACAGCUCUCCCAGAAUGUCUCUGGGAGAGUGGUGGGGGAAGAGGUCUUCAUUGGGUAAAUCCCACAGCUGUCAGGGAACCUCUGCUACUUUCUCCCCUCUCAAUCACGUGGUCGCUGCUUCUUCUUUCUUGGAUGUGCGUCUCAGGGAUGUGCAUAUGAGCCCAUGCCUUUUGGAAUUUGGCAUUUGAUAUACCAAGAAUAUGGUUUCUAUACCUGCAACCUUUCUGUCUGACACUCCCUGGUCCUCUCUGUCCUGCAUUUCUCCCCGUGGCCUUAGGAACAUCUCUCCAUUGUUGCCCUGUGCCACCCUCUCCAUCUUUGCCAGUAAUCAAGAUGAAGUGUAAACAGUGAUUCUGCAGAGAAAGAAGCUGAAAUGAUGCAUGUGCAUCUGUGGGAUUUACACACAUCUGUAUCUUAGAUUUUUGCCACACCUGCUCUAAAACACACAGAACAUCUGAUGCACAGUGCUUUUUCUUUGUCAUCUAGAAAGCAGAACAAACAGCAGUAUGACUCUGAUGGUAAUUCUGUAAUGUUUACUUGGAGUGAAAUGCUAAGUGUUUUCCCCAAAGAACCAAAAAACUCCCACCUUCUAACAAAAGUAACCAAAUCUAAUCUUUCUGGGGACGGGGGAGGGAAGGGGAGGAGGAAAAGCAGUGACAGGGGAGCGUUCUGAUCUAUUUUCAUCUCCACCACUUGGCUGGAGAUACGAGAUGCUGCUUUGAGUUCCACAAACAUAAGGGAUUAUGUUUACAAAGGUAAAUGCCUUCUACCUGUUCAGGAAACUGGCUACUGGUGGGCAUCAGGAGUUAAGAGAGUUUCUCUUCAUUGCAAAAAGUAAUGAGAGAAGGGUGUGUCUGGACGGGAAAUGGAGAAAUAGAUUCAUUUCAUCUAGUCUUCUUGGUAAAAUAAUGCCACCUUCCUCUCUCCUUACUAAAUGGAGGAAUGAAGUGGCAGAACAGAAAAUCGAUGAUGUCCAAUAUGGCUGGAUUAGAAAAGGCAGCUUUUCUACUUUGCACAUAAAUAGGUAACAGGAAGGUACAGCUAAAGUCCUCUUGCCUGAAACACUGUCCCCCAGAAGCAGACAUUGUAAUAAUAAAAAUAGUGGCUGUGUGUAUAUUGAUGCUAUUUGCAAGUUACCUGUAAGUGUUUAUUUUUUUUCUUAUACUUGAAAUGGCUUUCUUUACUAAACUCUCACCUUAGUUCUGGUUUCCCCCCUCCUACUGUAGUGUGUAGUAAAGAAAAUUACAGGACAAGUGGGGAGAAUGUAGAGGAGAUGACACAAUGUCUUGCAUAUCCAGGUUUCAUCUUAAUUUCCAUCCCACAUUCUCAAGACAUGUUUAAACUUCCUAAGGGUUUUCCAUGGACACAGAAACUCAGCACUUUAGAAGGUGCUCUUGUAUGGCUGGCUGCCCCCCUUUUCCUCCUUUUCUAUAUUUUUAUUUUACUUUUAGUAUAGUGGUACUUAAGAUCACUGGUUCACUUAAAAAGAAAAAAAACCAAUAAGAUGUUUAAACUCUACUAAUGUACAAAUAAGCUGAAAUGUUGCAUUUUUUGUGUAUUUUUGCCAUAGCAGGUACUGUAUUUCUCAUGCUGGAUUUAGAAAAAAAAAAAGAAAAGAAAAAAAAG